GGAACCUGAACACGUUCUAUAUGUUUACGGAUCAGAUGCGCCGGCGUCCGCCGCGAAUUCAUCGGCUGGCGGACUGCGUGGACAAGCUCAGGGCAUUCUGGACGAAGUUUUCGGAUAUCGUCCGGAGACUGGAGCUUUCGCGUGAGAAGCUGCAGCUCGUGAAGUUGCGAGUUAGACACACGGCGGAACACCUUGCGGCAUGCUUGGAGAUCGAGGCGGAGCGCACGCGGCGCCUCGAGUUCCGCAACGCGUGGCUCGAGGGCCGUGCAUUGCGUAGAGCGAUGCGCAGGAGAUUCGCCGCUCGAAGCAGCUCGCGCAGCAGCUCUGAGCAACGGACGUCGACUGAUGCAUUCUCUCAAGUAUCUACCUUGCAAAUUGCCCUUACUGAUCUGAACUCUCAUCCAUUUCUGGACUGCAUUCUCUAUGUUAACGGCGGAUGGUACUGUUGUGGCUCCGCAUCAUCCGUCGAGAUGUAUCGCUAGGUGUUCCAAUGUCUGUACUACCAGCAUUUGUUAUGACCGACCCGUGCAGUGCCAUAUGUCCUCACAAACUCUGAUCACCAUCACAUAUUCAUUAUCAAGUUCGUCAUACUGUGCCAGUUAAAUAUGUUUCUACCCAUUCUCCUAUGUCUGAGAAUCAUC